UCAUCACGCAAAAAAAAAAAAAAACAAAUCCGUGAGCACAGAUGAAGAGGAUGCAUCUGGUGGAUUUGGGGUCUCCACUCAUUAUGAUCACAGCUCCGUGUCUCCCGUGAACAGCCCACUCGCCCAUUUCAUUGGUGCUGCUUUCGGCUGGGAUGGGCAGCAUUCUGCAGGAGAGGGUGGCACCGCGGUGCGUGGAGAGGGUCUCCAGCAGGGAGAGGGAGUGGAAGAAGAAGGCUGCGUGGAGCAACAAUAGGCCCAAUGUGGCCAGCAACAAGAUGGGAAGGCGGCAGUCACAAAGGAGAACCCCGCAGCCGCAAUACCCGCUGCCCAGCCAGGAAAAUAAUCAUGAGAAAAGGCUGCUGCCAAGAAGAAAGCACAAAUCAAACAUCUCCUCGAUCAGACGCAAUACUCCUCAAAACAGCGCUCAGGGAACCUCAGAGUCCAAGUCUCAUCCAGUGUCUCCUGCGGACGACAGGAUGGAGUCAAAGGUGCAGCUUCCUGCUCAGCGCCGCAGCCACAGAGAACACAAACACACCGGAUUCAGAGGCAGCAGACAGACUGCAGCCUCUUCCUGCCAACGUCUGUACGAUUCAAGCUCUGAUCUGCUGGAGAGAUGCUCACCAGAGCUGGAGGUGGGAGGUCUGAGGGGCCACGGAGAUGAGGACAGUGACAGCGACCUGUCGGAGUCAGAAAGACUCCCGGUGUCGCCCUGCAGCCGGGUUCCUCCACAGCUUGAUCUCAGGCCGGAGGUCAUCGAGGCCGAACUCUGCUCAUCUCGCAGCCACAGAGCCAGAGAACGGAGCUCAGGUGGGUUUGACUUCCCAGACUUCCUCCCUCCACCUUUUAAUUCGUGGAGCCUCAGUCAGCUGGCUGUUUUCUAUAACAUGGAGGGCCGAGGGGCUCCCCGGCCGAGGCCUGUGGGCCCUUUAGAAAGGUAUCUGGAGAGGCUGCUGCAGCUGGAGUGGUGUCAGAUCCAGACUGUCCAGGAGGAGAGAGGGAAGCUGGCGGUGUCAGAAGUUCUAUCCACCUGUCGGAGGUCACCGGCUGCCGCCUCAUCACGCCUCAGCUCUCCAAAGUGCAUCCUCCAGUGUCAGCGUGCCUUCCCCCUCACCUUCCUCUCCUCGAUGGCCAAUCACUCCGCCCUGCUAUCCGGCUGCGCCUGCACUCUCUGCCGGAUCCGCCUCUCCACCUGCAUCACGCCGUGCAGCCGCUCAGCCCACAGCCACGCCUGUCAGACCAGACUGAGCCCGAUGCUGGAGCGGACCAGGUUACCGGUGUCGCUGCCCAAGAGGAGCUACAGCGAGAGUCGGGUUCAGUCUUCAGAGAGAGACCUCAGAGCUCAGAGGUUCAGCAGCCCCGUGAGGACCAACAGCCAUCUGAGGAGGAUGCAAGCUUCAGGAAACAUCCGCAACCCCGUCCUAGGUGCUUCCAGCAGGCCUCACUCCACCGCCAGGGACUCUGGCGAGGUUAAGGGAGACGCGUUGGACUACUGGACGGGUGGGUUCAGGAGGAGGAGUGGCUCAGAGCAGAGGAGAGGUGGAGUAGAAAGGCACCAGAACGGAUCAGAGAAAAGACGAAGCGGCUCUGAGAGCAGAAAAGCCAGAGCUGAGCGUAGACGGGCAGCUGAGUUUAAAGGACGGGAAAUAAAACCAGACGCUGUCACAGCAAUAAUGGACAAUUUACCUGGGUCCAAAUAUUCUCCUAUACGGAGGCCAAGCAGGACGAAACAGGUUGAGUUUGUUACAUAACACCAAAUUUAGAAACUGUAUGUAAUCUGAAGGCCACAGCUACAGUCACCACUUUUAAAAUCUGAACAUGAAUGUAUGUUUUCAGUAAUUCUUUCUUUCUGGUACGGGUUGACAACAAGUAUAACAAGAUUGUCAAUGUAUUAAUAUUAUAUAAAACAUUGUUUGCCUAAUUUAUUCGAUGUUUACUCCAAUGCUGUGAUUGCACUCAUAAGCUCCGGUGGAUGUUUACAGGAUCGAUCAUAAGUGAAAGAGCCUGUGGAUAAUUAUAUAUGAAGACUUCUAUUUGUUUUUCAGUUAUAUAAACCCAGUAAGCCUUUGUCAGCACAACACACUAUGUAUAUAUUUGUAUGAAAGAUUUUCCACCACUGCAGGUUUACUAGUGAUGUAAACAGUAGCUCACACUACUGGGUCUGUCAAAAAAUCAUCAAAACAGUUAUUAAAGGAUACCAAACUGUUGUAA